CCCACUCCUCCCAACUGUGUCAUGCCAUCUCCCGGUGCACGUUAGCACCACCCCCCCAAAACCAAAUACAAAAGGAACCAAUUCAACUGUACAGGCAUGACCAGUACUGUGGUACACGGUUCAAGCUCCGCCGCGAAUCAUGGCGUCGCCGGCGCUUCCUUCCUCGCUCUCUUCCUCGUCCUUUUCCUGUUCUUGGAGACUCCGACAGCCCUUGCGCAGUCCGGCGACUCGCCCGCCACCGACCCCUACAUGGACGCCAAGCUCACUCCUUCCAUGGCCAUCAUUAUUGUGGUGCUUAUAGCCGCGAUGUUUUUCAUGGGAUUCUUCUCGAUCUACAUCCGCCACUGCUCCGAGAACCGCGGCGGCAGCGGGAGCGUGCGCGCGGUGGUCGGCGCCGUGACCGGGCUGUCGCGCCGCGGCGCGCGCGGGCUGGACCCCUCGGUGCUCCAGACGUUCCCGACCUUCGGAUACGAAGAAGUGAAAGGGCUCAAGCUCGGGAAAGGCGCGCUGGAGUGCGCGGUUUGCCUAAACGAGUUCGAGGACAAUGAGACGCUGCGGUUGAUCCCCAAGUGCGAUCACGUUUUCCAUCCCGACUGCAUCGACGCCUGGCUCUCCUCCCACACCACCUGCCCCGUGUGCCGGGCUAACCUCGCCAGCGAGUCCGUGCACGCCGUCGAUGCCGCUCAGCAACCGGACGACGGCGAAGAUCUGCCAUCGGAAACCUCAGAUCCCCAAAAUGAAAUCGCGAUACGAGUGACCGAACCGGCGGAUCUGAACGGAGAUGCGAAUCCAAAUCCACAAUCGCGACCGACUGAAUUGCCCAAUCUCGGCCAACCGGUGCAUCAGAACCGCCCUCCUCGAUCAAAGUCCAUGAAGCCGCGAUUCUUCUCGAGGUUUCCCCGAUCGCACUCGACUGGCCACUCGCUGAUCCAGCCUGGCGAGAACUGCGAGCGCUUCACUUUGAGAUUGCCGGCAGAUGUCAGGAAGCAGCUCAUGAACCGGUCGCUGAAGCGGACCUCCAGUUUGGUCGUGUUUCCGAGGGCAGGUAGUUCGCGGCGGGGUUUCCGAACCGGCGGAGAAGGUAGCAGCAGAGGAAGGUCCUACCGCCGAUUCGAUCGCCUCGACCGGGGUAUGAAAUCCGACCGGUGGAUUUUCUCAAUGGCGCCACCGUUCUUUUCUAGGGCAUCGUCGUUGAAGUCGCCGAAAGUGGCGGCCGAUGGCGAGGGAUCAUCGACUCCACCAAAGCCCUUGAUGGGCUCCGUCAAGGGGCCGUUAAAUUGUCUCAGCACAAAAGCCGAUGACGGCGAAUUGCUCCGGCCAGCGGUUUGAUUCUCAAUUUUGAUUUUCCAAAUUUGUAGAAAAUUUUAAAUUGAUCAUUUUAUAUAUUUUUUUCCCGCAUUGAGCUUUUCUUUUUCUUUCUUUAUAUAACAGAGUUGCCGGUGGAAAAUCGCCGGAAAUUCUUUUUGUUGUAAAGUAUAAAGUAGUAGAAUUGAAUUCCGGCAGAGCUUGACCGGGGUGUCUAUAAAUACAAAGUAUUGUUUUCAAA